AUGUCGAGUACAUUUGACUCCAUAAUUGUAUGCACAAAUCGAACUCAGCUAACUGAAUCAACAUCCAAACAAUACUUAAUUGACGAACGGUUGACAUUGACUGCUAAUGAGAACAGACUGGACGGAUUGGACGGAUUGGACGAAUUGGAUGCAUUGGAGGAACGACAGAUGGAUAGAAGAGCUGGACAAGUUGGCCGGGAGAUUCUUCGGCUCAUCUAUCCGCACAGAUGGCGGCUGUAUGGAGCGUUCGAGAGGGCAUGA